AUGGAGGGCAAGCGUGCUACUUACUCGAGGGAGGAUUUUCUCGCGGUGUUCAAGGAGGUGCACCAGGAGCUCAUCGAAGAACUGCCCCGCGAGUUCGAGAUGCCCCCCGACGCUGUCAACUGGGUCGACAAGCUCAUCGUGGACAGCGUGCCCGGUGGUAAGCUGAACCGUGGCCUCACGGUGGUGCACACCCUGCAGGCCCUCUCCUCCGAGCCCCUCACCCCGGCCCAGCUCAAGCAGGCCGCCGUUCUCGGCUGGUGCAUCGAAUGGCUGCAAGGGUUCUUCCUCGUGGCCGACGACCUCAUGGACUCCUCGCAGACCCGCCGCGGCGAGCCCUGCUGGUACCUCAAGCCCGCGCCCAAGUUCGAGGGUCAGAAGGUGGGCCUGGUGGCGGUGAACGAUUCGUUCAUCCUGGAGGCGCACGUGUUCCGUCUGCUCAAGAAGCAUUUCCGGUCGCACCCCAACUACAUUGACCUGGUGGACCUCUUCCACGAGGUCGCCUACCAGACCGAGCUGGGCCAGCUCCUCGACCUCACCUCCCAGCCCGCCGGCGACAAGGUCGACCUCUCCCUCUUCACCCUCGACACGUACCUGAAGAUUGACGACUACCUGGACUGCUACGGCGACCCCGUGGUGAUCGGCAAGAUCGGUCGCGACAUUGAGGAGAAGAAGUGCGGCUGGCUCGUGUGCCAGGCCCUCCUCCGCGCCACCCCUGAGCAGAAGCAGCUCAUCCAGACCCAGUACGGCAAGGAGGACCCCGAGUGUGUGCUGAGGAUCAAGGCCCUCUACAAGGAGCUCGACCUCGAGAACGUCUACAAGCAGGCCGAGGAGCAGAGCUAUGUCGAGCUCAAGGGACAGAUCGAGGCCGUCAGGCACGCACCGCUCCAGCACGCCCUCAACCUGCUCCUCGCCAAGAUCUACAAGCGUUCCGCUUGA